CCUAGAGAAAAACAGCCACUAUUUUCUGAGCCGCCCCACGGAGAGUUACAUCAGGACCUCCUGGGCGCUGGUGGACCCCCUUCACUGGAAGAUCUCACAUGUCACUGCAGCCAUGAGCAGUAAGGAAUGCUCCUACUGUGGACGCUUAGGCCACUGGGCCCGGGAAUGCCCUAUAGGCGGAGGGGCGCGAGGCCGCGGGACCAGAGGCCGUGGCAGAGGUUCUCAAUGCAGUUCCAGCACGCCAACUGAUAUCUGUUACCGCUGCGGUGGGUCUGGGCAUCAUGCUAGGAGCUGUGACCUUGUCGAGAACAUCUGCUACAACUGUGGGAGAAGUGGCCACAUCGCCAAACACUGCGCCGAACCCAAGCGCGAGAGAGAGCUGUGCUGUUACACGUGUGGCAGACCAGGCCACCUGGCUCGCGACUGUGACCAGCAGGAACAGCGGAAGUGCUACUGUUGUGGCGAAUAUGGCCAUAUUCAGAAAGAGUGCACCCAAAUCAAGUGCUACCGGUGCGGCGUGAUGGGCCAUAUGGCCACGGCCUGCAGCAAGACCACUGAGAUCAACUGCUACCGCUGUGGCGAGGCCGGGCACUUAGCCCGGGAGUGCCCCAUUGAAGCUACUGCUUAAGUUGUUUCCUUUCUGCCCCCCGCCCCUUUUACUGACUGAUAAUUGUGUUAUUUUCUCUGAAACCUCUUCACUGACCAAAAGUUGAUAGAUGGAGGCUACUCCCAGGCCAGCUAGCUUUAAUCACCAUG